UCUCCCGAGUCACUUCUAGCUCCGAGGUAGAGCCACCAGUACGCAAUAGCUCUUUGUCCUAAGCCGGUUCAAAGCUAGAAUGGCUUCCACGGUGACACUGCUGGAGAAGACGACAACCGCCUUCAGGAGCGACGACGUCGCCGACAAAGCCCUCGGAUCGCCAACGAUGAAGCAUCUUUUGCUGGGGAGAAGCAAGGGCGCCGGUGACACGGUCGACAUGGCGAAGCGGUGCUGCGAGCACAGGCACGAGCUCGUCAGCUACGACGCGCUCCCGGAGUUCCUGAAGCACAACGAGUUCAUCCUGGACUACUACCGGAGCGAGUGGCCCGUCAAGCAGGCGCUCCUCAGCGCCUUCGCCGUCCACAACGAGACCAUCAACGUCUGGACGCAUUUGAUCGGCUUCUUCGUGUUCCUCGCGCUCACCGUGUGCGCCGCCACGAUGGUUCCCACGGAAACCAGCGUGUCCCACUCGGCGACAUCCACGGCACUGACACACAACAGCACCGGCGGCAACCCCAUGAUCCUGACGAGCUCCUACACCACCGUCGGAGCGGCCGUCGCAAUGCAAGCGCCGCCAACGCGCAACGCGUCCUUCCUCGUCGAACAGGAACUCGCGGCUCCUUCGCCAUCCUCGGGCCACAUUAUUCACCGCGUGGCGCGGUGGCCGUUCUACGCGUACCUGUGCGGCGCCAUGUUCUGCCUGCUGAUGAGCAGCGCGUGCCACCUGCUAUCAUGCCACUCGGAGCACGCCUCCUACGUGCUGCUCCGCCUCGACUACGCGGGCAUCACGGGCCUCAUCGUCACAUCCUUCUACCCGCUCGUCUACUACACCUUCCUCUGCGACCCGUUCCCGCUCUCCCUCUACCUCGGCUUCAUCACGGUCUCCGGCGCCGCCGCGGUCGCCGUCUCGCUGCUGCCGGUCUUCGAGUCCCCGGGCCUGCGGUGGGCGCGCGCAGCGCUGUUCGCGUGCAUGGGCGCGUCGGGGCUCGUGCCCAUCGCGCACAAGCUGCUCGUCUUCGGCGCGCGGCCAGAGGCGGUCCAAACGACCGGGUACGAGAUGGCCAUGGGGGGAUUCUACCUGGCCGGCGUCGUGGUGUACGGCGCCAGGGUGCCCGAGAGGUGGAUGCCGGGCCGGUUUGACCUUGUCGGGCAUAGCCAUCAGCUGUUCCACGCGCUCGUCAUCGCCGGCGCCUACGCGCACUACCACGCCGGCCUGGUUUACUUGAGUUGGAGGGACAUGGAACAGUGCUGAUCUGAUCGGGCCAGAACCCAGAGGCCGGGUCUAGGAUGGUCCGCCAAAUUGGCUGGCCUCGUUGACUCAGCGUUGAUUUUUGUUCUUUCUUUCGUUCUUGUUUACCUAUUGUUGUAUCUUUAGAGAAGUCCGAUCACAGGAGAUGUAAUCUGAACAAGUCAAUAUAAAGUGAACAUACAGCUACCGCCAA